CCUGCUCGGCCCGGGCGCUGAGUCUGAGGCCCCGCCAGCCGGGCCGGGGCUGGGCUCUGCGGCGCCCAGUCUGGGGGUCAACUGUUCCAACCGCUGCAACUGUCCCUUUCCCGAACUGGUCCGAGCUGUGACCCACCAGGGUUGCUUGCGAGGGAGCAAGUACAGCGGCUUCCAGAUGUGGUCUGUCCCGGGGUGGAGACGGAGGCCGGGACGUGGCACAGUGGGUCAGGGCACUGGUGGCGCAAGGAGUGGCUGGCUCAGUCGGAGGUGGCAGCGCGCACCCAGCCUACACCCUUCAGCCUCCGCAGAACCUCUUCAGCUGCUUUCUUGAUCAUGGAUGGUGAAGAUAUACCAGAUUUUUCAAGUUUAAAGGAAGAAACUGCUUAUUGGAAGGAGCUUUCCUUGAAGUAUAAGCAAAGCUUCCAGGAAGCUCGGGAUGAGCUAGUUGAAUUCCAGGAAGGAAGCAGAGAAUUAGAAGCAGAGUUGGAGGCACAAUUAGAACAGGCAGAGCAAAGAAAUAGAGACCUGCAAGCUGAUAACCAAAGAUUGAAAUAUGAAGUGGAGGCAUUAAAGGAGAAACUAGAACAUCAGUACGCACAGAGCUACAAGCAGGUUUCUGUAUUAGAAGAUGAUUUAAGUCAGACCAGGGCCAUUAAGGAGCAGUUGCAUAAGUAUGUAAGAGAGCUGGAGCAGGCCAAUGAUGACCUAGAGCGAGCAAAAAGAGCAACAAUAGUUUCACUGGAAGACUUUGAACAAAGGCUAAAUCAGGCCAUUGAAAGAAAUGCAUUUUUAGAAAGUGAACUUGAUGAAAAGGAAUCUUUGUUGGUUUCUGUACAGCGGUUAAAGGAUGAAGCAAGAGAUUUAAGGCAAGAACUAGCAGUUCGGGAAAGACAACAGGAAGUGACCCGAAAGUCGGCUCCUAGUUCUCCGACUCUGGACUGUGAGAAGAUGGAUUCUGCUGUCCAGGCUUCUCUCUCCUUGCCGGCUACGCCUGUUGGCAAAGGAACAGAAAACAGUUUUCCUUCCCUAAAAGGAGCUGCCAUCAUCAAAGGUGAUGUUCCAGCUAUACCAAAUGGUUUUGGAACCAGUCCACUAACUCCUUCGGCUAGGAUAUCAGCACUAAACAUUGUGGGGGAUCUCUUACGGAAAGUAGGGGCUUUAGAAUCCAAGUUAGCAGCUUGCAGGAAUUUUGCAAAGGACCAAGCAGCACGAAAAUCUUAUAUUUCAGGGAAUGUUAACUGUGGAGUGAUGAAUAGCAAUGGCACAAAGUUCACUCGAUCAGGGCACACGUCUUUCUUCGACAAAGGGGCAGUAAACGGCUUUGACCCAGCUCCUCCUCCUCCUGGUCUGGGGUCCUCACGUCCGUCAUCAGCACCGGGUAUGCUGCCUCUCAGUGUGUGAGUGCCCGGCCUCCGGGUGGAGGCUCCUGCCCUCCUCCAACAACCCAGGACACCCACACCUCACCCUUCGGUGCCUGGGCCCAGCCCUGUGUCCCUCUUCCUGCCUCCCCAUGGCUGGCAGAGGGCAGGCUGCAUGCAGUGGUGGCUGCUGGGCCUUGCCCAGCUCCAGGACUCUGCGCGAUCUCAAUACUGGCUAUUUUCUCUUCUCGCCGUAGUGCCGUUGGUUUCACAUGAUUGCACUUUUGUGGGUCACAAGGUGAUACAUAUGUGUAUUACUGGGUCACUGGAUGCAGAAGUACCCGUUCAUCAUACCUGCCUCAUAGCCCCCACUCUGCUGUGCUGAUAGGAUUUAGUUGUGUUUAGGACAUUGCAGAUCUCUAAAAGUUCUUAACCCAAAUCAGGUUAAUGUGUGCCCUCCUCCUGAGCUCCCACCUAAGCAUCUUCAGUGCUCAUAAUCAUGUGUCCCCAGUUCCACCCUUAUAGUUUGGGCCUGUUUCUGGCAAAGAGUCAGGAAGGUCACUGAAUUCCGGAACAUCGUCUGCACCUUCUCAUUUUACAUAAGCAGUCACCAUUCCAUAUACUUGCCUCCCAAAGCAGCGAAAUGCCUGUCUGAGCCAUGGGUGGCAGGAGCCUCCAGGGCCUGGGCACUCCUAAGGCUAAGCCUCUGUGUUGCCUCCUCUUCCACGUGCCUCAGACUCAGGGGAGGUAGGUGGCAACCUCCUCUCCAGCUUUCUGGUCCUUCAGUUGAGUGAUAUUUUCAGAUUUUUGUUUUCACAUCUGAGGGUCCAUUCAGUUGUGUAGGGAAGAAUUGGGUGGCCUAAUUCUGGGGGCUGGUGAUGCCAGUUCCUAGGGGCAGACUGACCAAAAGUGGUUGUCCCUGUGCAUCCUUUGAUUACUCUCAUGCUGCAUUUACUGUUUACAUUUGUUUCAUUGUACAUAGGUUUGUAAACAUUAUUGCCUAAGAUAUUUGUAUAUAACUUGGGCUUUGUAGCUUUUAUUUAUUCAGAAUUCAUAUGGCAUGUUAAUGACUUAUGAUGGUGUCCUACUCUGGGCAGCUGUAUAGGAUCAUCAUGUGGUUAAAAAAAAUACUUCCUCUCCUCCCCCAAAAAUCUUUUAAUGUGGAAACAAUAAAUUUCACAGAAAAAAGGAUUGAAGUUGGUUUAUUGGGUUCCUGCCAUCCAGUGAGAGAGGAGCUAGAGCAUAGAAAGCCAAAUUCCAGUGAUUCUUCUGUUUUGACAUGGGACGUGCAGUUGGACAGCAACCGUGGAAUGGGACAAAGAAGGUUCAAGGGGCGUCAGGAGGUGUCUUAUACAUUGAGGAGGCUUGUUUAUGCCAAUUCUUGGUGCAGGUUUCCAGUUCUGUGUGACUUCCAGGGGGCAUCCUGGGAAUGGCCCAGGCUCCAUGUGAAAAUUUGGGUUAAGGACCAGGACUUUGGGGGAAGGAAUUUGGCAGAUCAUGGAAUAAGUGGGAUAGAUGUGGAAGCUGGUCCUUCAGCUGUGCUGCAUUGACAGGAUUGUGUGACAAAUGUUGUAGUUCCGAGAUUAGAGGUCACUUGGAUCUGGGUUUCUCAUAUUUCCACAGGUUGAUGCUAGCAAGUGAGAGAAGGUGCCAGAUGUUUGAUAGCAAGCCACAAAGAAACACUGAGGAAUGUAAUGUGUAAACUGUGGGUCUGUAUGACGGCAUCAGAUUCUGAACACUGAUUGUUUAUAGCAGCGUAAACAAAUAGCAUGCUUUCAUAUAGUUUUGAAACUAUAGAGGAAUGAAAAUUGAGUCAAAUUUUUGAGUGAAUAAGAAACAGGAUACACUUUUGAGCAUUUCUGUCUAUUAACAUAUGGGUAGGACUAUUAUAUUCAUUGUUCCUGGAGAUUUUUGUCCUAAGAAGCCUCAUUGAGAGACAUUGUAAUGGUGUGUGUGCUGUGCCCAGCCAUGCUGGCAGAGUGGUGGAAAAGAAAACUUUUUUUUUGGUACCGGGGAUUGAACUUGGGUCCUUGUUCUUGUGCAGCAGGUGGCGAAACCACUGAGCUAAAUCCCCGGCCCAAAAAGAAAACUCUUAAGGCUUUUAUUGAUGUGCUACUUACUACUUACUGUUUGCCUCUCUAGCUAAAAGUUGUCUUUGAGUGGGGUAUCUUCAUAGGGGUGUCUGUUGCCUGGUUGUCACUGAGACCUCAGGAAUGAGCCCUGAGCUGGGGUCCACUUGGUGAUCUUCCCGCCUCUAAGUGGCCAAUCUUCCUGGUGGUAAAGCCUAGCCUCUUGCCGCCAUACAUUUUCAUUUCACCCACCGGUCCCAUCCCUUGCUCCCAAAAUGUCUUCUUCAAUCGGAGUAGGAGCCAGUAUUCUACUUCUUUUUAGCCCAGUGUGGCCAGAAAACUACACCCACCAUCUCAGUGGCCAGAAGCCUAAGCUGGGCCCUUGAGUUGCAGUGAGGUGGGCAUGUGAGAACUGUGUAGGAUUGGUCUGAGCACAGGAUAGCUGGUUUUCCCUCAGUUGGCAGAAGGGACUGUGUGCCCAAGGCUGGACAUGGCUGAGCUCACACAGCUGGCUCACAGCAAAGACAGGAGUGGAAGUGGGCCCAGUGCCUAUCUGCUGUGCCUUUCUAACCCUGAGGUGACACUGGCUGCACUCCCAGUCUGCCCGGUCUCUUAGGAGAUGAGUGGGUUUUGAAGGGUUGGAAAUGAUGAGCUGUGGGGCCAGCACAGCUUUGCAGCAGGAGGAAUCCAGUAGCACCACCCCUCUUCUCCACAUCUUGCUCUUGAUGGGCCAUGUCCACUCUACUCUUACAAGCCAUCCUAGAGGUAAUGUUAGCACCUCCUGAGAGUUGAGGUGGAAACUGGCAAUGCUGGGAAAUUUGGGAGGGGAGACCUACGGUGCAGCCACAGCUUGAGAGGGCACUCUGUAGCCAACUUACAUUUUUCCCCCCACCAAAACUGAGAGCAACCAGCCUGGGUGCAGGAGGAAACAAGCAGACAGUUGAUUUCUCUGCUUGCCUAGAAGUUGCUAAGAUCAGCCUUUUUACUUUCCAGCUUUUAUACUGGGUGAAUUAUUUUUCUCUAUUUUCCCCCAAAGGUUAAAACAAAUCUAAAAUAUAAGCUUGGUCUUUAAUAUAAAUGUUACUUCUUUCUUAAAAACAAGUGCAGGGAGAGGAGUGGUCAUCUUUGUAAAUAAUUUUCCUAUGACUUAUCUGCAAAGUGGUCCCAUGAGUAUUAAAAAUAAAACAUAGGGGAAUAUAAUAGCUCUUUAAAUUUUAAAGAAAAACAAUGGAGUAAAUAUGAAUGUAACAGACUUCCUUUAUAAGAUAGUAUAUUUGAAGAGGCAAAUCUGAAAACAAAUCAGUGCCUGUAUGGGGGACGAAUUGGGGUUUGUGCUGUGAUUUUAUGAUUUGGGGUCUGACUGUGCAUCUGCAUCCACAGUUGUAUUUCCUAUCAGCUCUGUAGGAAGCCUUUCCCAAGGGAAAGGUAAAGCAUACUGAGCACAAGUUUGUCACUUGUGAGGUGUUUUCUAAUGAGGUGUCAGGUGCCAUCUGCACUAACAUACAGCUCAUAGAUUCUGUGUGGACUAUGACUGUGGUGAAGGCCUGGCAGGAGGGUGAUGGGUUACCUUGUGCAGGGCUAGUGGCCAGGACAUAGGUUUUCUGGAACACGCUCAAGUAAACUAUUGAACGAGUGAUGGCUUGGUGAGGAUCUGGGCCCUGCUGCUCUCUGUAGUAGAGGAUGGAGCUAAGAUACACUUGUUUUGGUUCAAAAAGGUGAUUAACUAGAAAAAAAAUCAGCAUUAAUCCCACUGGCACUUAGAAUCCCACACUUUUAUGACACUGUUUUUACUGUUAUUCUCUUCUUCAAUCAAACUGACAGUAUGAUAAGGUGUGAAAACUCCUACUUCUUGGAUAAUACUCCAUGGGAGUAAGGACAAAUAAAAUAAAUUUCUAUAGCAGUGAUAACAUUGGCUGAUGCUAGGGAAAGGUGAGAAUGACUUAGUGUGGAAUACUGCAGAGACUCACGAGUAUGCAGCCAUGCUAAUAUACAAGACUGGAAAUGUCCAGUGGGGAGAGGACACAAACUGGAAGUCUUAAAAUCAAAAAUGAAAGGGAAAGGAUGCAGAUGGCUUACUAUCUGUGGUUGUAGUUCCCCAGUUAUUUAAAAAAACUGGCUUAAGUAGUAACACAUUUUCCUUCAUCAACAAGUUGGACUGAAGUCGUGCUAAGAAGUUCCAAGAUCUUUGAUCAGCAGCAUAAGGCAGUGGCUCUCUGACCUGCCCAGUGACUAGCUGUCACUGCUGGGGAAAUACUUAAGAGAUUCUCAGGUUUCCUUAGCCCCAGCCUCCUGAGCAGAGAGCUGUUUCCUAGAAUCCCAGAUACCAGCAGUUAGAACGCACAUGUUUAUUUUGUCAACAAUUAAGAAAAAUGAGCUAAUUAAAAGUAUGAAAAUGCUUAUCGUUAGACUUUUUAUAAAGAGCUUUUAGACUGCUUUAGGCAGAUUUUCAUCCUAUCACAUUCAUAUACAAAAAGAACAAGCAAGAGAGAUUCCUGAAACUUCACAUUUUGAGUCCAAUGUUUUGAACCACCUUGUGACCCAGAGCUGUCAUCAUCCAUGUUCCUGAGCAGUGCUGUUGUCUGUGCCAUGUUGAGUGUUGGUGACACUGUGGCAUUCCCAAAAAGCAUAUUCUACUAUUGGCUCCAGAAUUUUUUCUAAGGUACUGACUCUGACUCCCACUCUACAAGUUUUGAUGCUGUGCUUAAUUUUACCAGGAGCGAGGCAAUGACCUCAUCUCAGCUGCCACCUACUGACACCGAUUGUGAUACAUGAGGUUUGGGGCAUUUUAUCUGUGUAAUACUGGUUUUUUUUUGGUACCGGGGAUCAAACUCAGGUCCUUGCGCUUGCGCAGCAGGUGGUGGAACUGCUGAGCUAAGUACCUGGCCCCAGUGAUGUACUCUUUUUGAUUGUUUCGUGUACAUUUCAGACAGGGAUUAAGACACUUCACAUGAUGUGCUGGAUUCCCACAUGACAGGUAGCUACCAAAGGAAUGGACUACAAGGCCUGGUCCUCACAGCUGACACAGGAUAGCAUUUUAUUAAACAUUCAAGGUUUGGGAAAGCGCUUGGUGCAUAUUGUCCCAGAAAGGUGGUGAGGGAAGAGGACUUUUGUGUCUCUCCCAGUGAUGAGGCAGCCUAUAAAUAGUCUCCCUUCAGGUCUCAGCCAGACUAGGGGAAGAGGAGCCAUCAUCUCCCUUUCCAGAGUCCAACCUGUUCUGGCUGUUAUCUUCUGAGAGGUGAGGGCAGGGCAGGAAGGGUUGGUUCCUAGAGCUCUUUUCUUCUCUAGUCUUGACAGAGACAUGCCUUGGCAACACUGGCUUCAAGGGGCAGAGAUAAGGGUUAGGGUCAGUUACACCCAGAGCCAUAGAGUGUGCUGGCCAGUACAGCACCUUGGCUUUAUGGCCCAUUUCAUCUUAGCUGAGGUUUGUGGGUACUGGGGAGACUGGUGACAGAAGAAACUAUAGUGUGUUCUAGAAUCUUUCAAAUGCGUUUUGGAAGUGAAACCUCAGGCUAAUAGGCUAGAAAUAGGUGUUAGCCCCAUUGAACCAGUGUUUUAAAAAAAAGUCUUAGGAUGUGGCAAGGGCAGGGAGUUCACAAAACAUCUUUGAGGUAAAACCCCAACACUUCAUCUAAACCUCCUGCCUGGGGGUUCUACACUUGUGGAGGGAAAUUGGCCAGCUUCUUUGGCUUUUUGGCACACUCAAAGACAGCCUGCCAUAAAACUGUCUUCCUUGAGCUCUAAAUGCCCUGUGGGGUUUUAUAAACUACCUUUUCUAAGGUCUGACGUGGUGGUUUGUUUAGUGAAGAAAGGUUCUUUUAUGUUAUUGUCUUUGUGUAGUCAGGAACUGGAAUCAGUAAGCUGAGUAUUUAGGGUACUAGAUGUGGAUACUGGUCAAGCUAGCCAUUAGGAAAGAAUUCUGAGACUGGCCUUUAAGUCCAUAAACUCCUGGAUAUAGGGAUAAAGUAGCUGAAACACCAGAACUUCAGUUCAUCUUUUUUCUAUGGUUGUGACAUAGCAAAGAGCACUUUUGUCCAUUUCUCACAUCCUUGCCACUGCCAAGAAGCCUAGACAUGCACCUCUUCCCAGGUGUGUCUAGGCUUACCCCAGGACCAGCCUAGCCUAAGAAUGUUGUGGAGUAAGAAGUCAGCACUCUGAUCUCAUGCUCUCCUGGGGUUUCUCUCCAACCCCAGCUGGACUACAGUGGUGAAACUGUCCUUGGGGAGCCACUGAAUCCUCCCCAAAGUGUUUUCAAAACACAUCCUAUUUGAAAAUGCAGCUUGAAACUUCUUGGACCUCUUAAAAAUCCAAUGAUGUGCUUCACUGGCUGAUGAACAAACCCUCCUAGAUCGCUCCCUUGGCAGUUGGGUCUUCAGCACUAUUUGCCUUCAGGUGUCCUUUCCCUCCCCGAGUGUCCACACACUAGGAAUCCACAGGUGAGAACAGGACUUUGAGCCACAUUUGCCUGGAGAAUUAGUCUGCUAUUUAACAAGUUUCUGGGAGAAUCCAGUGGGCCUGGUAUCAUCAUUCGAGUCUGUGGAGCUAACCCCCCUCCGGUCAGGUCACAGAUGGGAAACAGAACAGAAGGUGAGAAAACGAAUUUCAUGUUCACAUGAUUAUUCUUGUUUAUUGAGGUCUGUUUAUUCUCAACGGGUGCUUUUUCCUCCAAGUAAACAGAGCAGGCGUAAAUAUCUAUAAUGAAUAAAUUUAUUGUCUUACAAAAAUCAUUGUCUAGAAAUAUGGGAAUACAAGAAAAGA